GGUGAAGCUGGCCACAGUUUAGAAAGGCUGCUCUGACACUCCCACCACUCCCUCUGCCAACCAGAGGAGGACUGUCACUGCCGAGUCCUCGCUCUUCACCCUCUCCUUACAAAGUGGCAUUCAUCAUUGGCUUCUUGCAGCUGAAGGAGAAAGGACGGUUGGACUGGACAGAGGUGGACUGCUCUUCUACAGAGCCAUGUUGCUGUGGUCAGUAUGGAGUGCAAUGUUGCUGCUGACCCCGCUGGAGGCUGCAGAGGAGGAUGACGUCAGAGCAGGCUGCAGCACAGCCGUAAAUGACCUGGUGUAUAUCAUUGACGGCUCAUGGAGUGUUGGCUUCUCUGACUUUGACACAGCCAAGCAGUGGCUUAUCAAUAUCACCAGUCAGUUUGACAUCAGUUCCCACUACACACAGGUGGCUGUGAUCCAGUACAGUGACACACCUCGACUGGAGAUUCCUCUGGGGAAACAUCAGGGUGGAGCAGAUCUCCUCCAGGCCAUACAGAGCAUCACCUACCUGGGAGGAAACACACAGACGGGCAGGGCCAUCAAGUUUGCUGUGGACCAUGUGUUCUCCUCCUCCCAGCGGGCCAGCUUGGUCAAGAACCGCAUCGCUGUGGUGGUCACUGAUGGCAAAUCUCAGGAUGAUGUGGUGGAUGCCAGCAUGGAGGCUCGAGCUCAGGGGAUUACAGUGUUUGCUGUGGGAGUUGGCAGUGAGAUCACCACCUCUGAGCUGGUGUCUAUCGCCAAUAAGCCAUCCUCCACCUACGUCCUGUACGCUGAAGAUUACACCACCAUCGACCGCAUCAGAGACUCCAUGGAACAGAAGCUAUGUGAAGAGUCUGUAUGUCCCACACGAAUCCCAGUGGCAUCUCGUGAUGAGAAAGGCUUUGAGCUGAUGGUGGGCAUGAACAUUCAGAAAAAGGCCAAGAAGAUCCCUGGAUCUCUGGUUUCAGAGACAGCCUAUACCCUCACUGCCUCUACUGACAUUACUGAGAGUAGCAGAGAGAUCUUCCCAGAAGGCCUCCCUCCAUCGUAUGUGUUCGUUGCCACGGUGCGUCUAAAAGGGACAUCUAGCAAGCUGCCGUUUGACCUGUGGAGGGUGCUGUCGAAGGAUAAGGAGGUCCAGGCUGCAGUGACACUGAGUGGAAAAGACAAAGCUGUCACCUUCACCACCACCAGUAUGACAGAAAAGGAGCAGAGGGUCAUCUUUAAAGCAGGCUUUCAGACUCUGUACGAUGGAAAAUGGCACCAGCUGAAACUCCUGGUGAGACCACGCCAGGUCAUCAGUUUCCUUGACGAUCAGCAGAUGCAGGAAGUUAUGUUGGACCCGGUGGAGCCCAUUUACAUCAACGGGGAGACACAGGUGUCUAAGAGGCGGGGAACAGACGCCACUGUACCUGUGGAGAUCCAGAAGCUUCGUCUGUACUGUGAUCCUCAUCAGAGUGAGAGAGAAACAGCUUGUGAAAUCUACUCUGUGGAUGAUGAAAGGUGUCCCCUGAAUCGAACGGCCACAGCAGAAGAAGAAGAAGACUGCAACUGUGUAGUAGGCCCACCGGGACGCAUGGGUUUCCGAGGGGAGAAAGGGAGAGCAGGACCACCAGGACCUGAUGGUAAGCCUGGUAAAGAAGGCAAACCUGGUGAUCCGGGCCCUCCUGGAUUACCAGGGAUAAAGGGUGAAGAUGGGCCAGCAGGAUUAAGAGGGGAACCUGGUCUUAAAGGUAACAAGGGAGACAGAGGGGAGCCAGGCUUACUGGGAGAACAAGGUCCCCAAGGACCCAAGGGUAUUCCUGGUGAGAGAGGGGAGGCAGGACCUCCAGGAGAAGCUGGACUAAUGGGGGAACCAGGACCACCAGGCACCGGUGGAGUGGUCGGGCCACCAGGACUCAGGGGAGAAAAGGGCGAUGCUGGACCAGCUGGUGCUGCUGGAGCUCAGGGUGCCUCGGGAGCCCAGGGACCUCCUGGAGAAGCAGGUCCACAGGGAGCUCCAGGUGAGAAAGGUUUACCUGGGCCUCAAGGUCCACCUGGAAUAAAGGGAACACUGGGAGUCCAGGGACCCCAGGGGCCGCCCGGAGAGAUCGGCCGAGAUGGUCCCAAGGGGAAGUGUGGAGAGCCGGGGACUGCUGGUCCUCUUGGUCCACCAGGCCAGAAGGGCUCAGCGGGUGAGCCGGGCUUUCCAGGGCAGCCGGGUGCCAUGGGCCUGCCGGGGUUUAAAGGCCAUAAGGGGGAGAGAGGAGAGGCUGGUCCUAAAGGAAACCAGGGGGAGCGAGGCACCGAUGGAGAUCCGGGGACUCCUGGUCUACCUGGCGACGUGGGACCCAGGGGAUGGAAAGGAGAGAAAGGAGUGACAGGUGAUGAGGGCCACAGGGGGCCUGAAGGGAAGAAGGGUGACAUGGGUCACAUGGGUGUUGUUGGUCCCAGGGGGUUUCCUGGCCACGACGGGUUGCCAGGCCAACCGGGCCAACCAGGAUAUCCUGGAAAACCUGGCAAGCCUCCCUCAGAUGAGCAUCUUCUGAAGCUCUGCUCUGAUGUUCUGCGUAACCAACUCCCAGCCCUCCUCCAGACCCUGGCUCCCCCAUCCAGAUGUGAACCCUGCCAGAGUGUGAAGGGACCCCCAGGUGAGCCUGGGGCACCGGGACCCAAAGGCUCCAUGGGAACCCCAGGCUACCCCGGCAGAAGUGGUGCUCCUGGUUACCCAGGACCUCCUGGAAUGCAGGGUCCCGCAGGCCUUAAAGGUGACGUGGGACCAAGAGGAUUCAAAGGCAGCAAAGGGGAGGGUUACCAUGGACCUCCUGGACCACCUGGACAGCCAGGGAUUCAAGGGCCCCGUGGCUUCGAUGGAAUCGGCCAUCCAGGCAACCAGGGGAUUCCGGGGAAACCGGGACCACCGGGAGAUCCCGGUAAACGGGGCAGCCCAGGGCUUCCAGGGGUGUGUGAUGUCUCCAUGUGUUAUCAGACCUACAACCUCAGGGAACAUUACAGCAAAGGACCCAACGUCUGAGGACAGGGGAGCAUGGCAGAGGCUGCUUUUGACUUGGAGGAGGUGAUUUACGGUAUCACUGUUGACUCUUUUAAGACAGAGUGUGUGAAGAUAUCUGCACUGGAGGCAGAUGUAACCUCAUUAGCUGAGUUAAACUGAAACAAGCAGGGCAUUGAUUCUUCAUCGUGGAAUUUCAUGACCAAAGACGGUCACCAGACUAACAGUUUAACUCGCUGACUUCCCAGAUACUUUAAAGAUGCAAAGUUUACACAGAUGGUUUUAAUAGUGACUUCUAAUCCCUCAUCAGUCAGAGUAGCACCAACACCAUUGUAACUGAGUUGUGUUGUUUUUUAUGUGACUAGCAAGAGAACUAGGACUCUUAAUAACAUUUAAAAAAAAAAAAAACUACCUCCUCUUUUACCUGAGUUAUUAUGUGUUUAACUUAAUGAUACUCCAGGCUGUGCUAACAGAACUUAAACCAAUGACAAAAUGCAUAUAUAUAGCUGAUAAAUAGCUGCAUUAUAGCAGGGGUGUCAAACUCAUCUUAGUUCAGGUUCCACUUUCAGCCCAGUUUGAUCUCCAGUGGACCGGACCAGUAAAAUCAUAGCAUAAUAACCUAUAAAUAACCACAACUUCUAAUGUUUCCUUUGUUUUAGUACAAAAAAGUACAUUCUGAAAAUGUUCACGUUUAAGGAAUUAUCUUUUUACAAAACAUCAUGAACAACCUGAAAUUUAUUAAGAAAAAUAAGUUCAAUUUCAUCAACAUUCAGCUCAGUUUAUCAUUUCCACAUUACAACUUCCAGAUCACAGAGUGUCUACAAAGGAACACAACAUUUAGUCACAGCUAUCUGGAACUGAACCAUAGAGGAUUUUACUUGAUGAUCAAAAUGACAGAAGGCAGACAAAAUAUUGCAAAAAUGAGACGCAUAAUGACAAAAAUGAGACAGAAAAACAACUUGUCAUGGCCUAGAAAUUAUUUAAAAUUAAUAUUUUACUAAUUUACAAUCCGCAGUCAAUGUUUUCUCUGUAAUUUCUACACUAUGAGGGCCGGAUUGGACCCUCUGGAGGACCGCUUUUGACCCACGGGCCGCAUGUUUGACACCCCUGCAUUAUAAUGAAGCCAGAUAAAAGUCAAAUGUGGACUAAUGUGGCAAAAGCGAUCCCAGCUUGAAUCUGAGAUCACCGACUGACAACACAGCAAAACCCAAGCAAAUGCAAACUGUACACGUGAAAUGGAAACUGUGCUCGAUCGCUGUGGUUUCUUAGCUGAGGUUUAUAUCAACCAGUGAGGUUAUUUCUGCCUUCAGUGCAGCUCGGCCUCAGAGAAAUGAUUGUAUCUGCAAAUUAUGUGAAAAGUGCUGCACCUGCCUUGAAGAUGAACUGGGAUACGUUGCGGUGAAGGAACGGGAUGCUGCAUUUUUACGUGAAAGGUCAGCUAACAGUUAGCUUGGUCCAAGAUAGGAUCAUAAAAAUAGUUUAAAAGUUCACAUGUAAAUGAGCAGAAGGAAAGGUAAAUCCAUAGCUCCAUCCAAAGCGGUGCACUCGUUCACUCUGAGCCUGCUUCUCGUGCACACUACAUGCAAUCCUCUGUGGUGGAAAAACAUAUUUAUAUCACCUAUUGUGUGCAGAACAGCAGAGGUUGUGCUAAUCCAUAACUGUGACGGGCGGGGUUGUAUGAAUCCCGUCACUGUCAGAUUUGUUUUCUUGUUUACCAGUAUUGUAUAGAUGUGUUUUGCUUUGCGUUUCCGUGAGUGUGGAUUAUUCUCAAACAGUGGCCUUAAUUCACCUCAGCUGCAGAGAGAACAUUUAUAGUGGAGGCAGGCUUAGAUUAUUGACUUAAUUCCACUGUUUUGUAUGUGCAUCCUGUCAUAUUUUAGAAACAAGCUCACAUCUUAUUAUGUUGCUUCUGCCAUUUGCUGCCAAAGCUCAGUCAAAAGUUUCCUAAUGUUUCCCUGCUGUCUUGAUAAAUCUUCAAUAUUGCUCAUAUCA